AUGGGUCUUCGCUUCCUGGAUCUGCCUUCUGAACUCCUCAUUGCGAUUACGGAACGAGCGGAUCUCAAGGACGCUCUGAACAUAAGACUUACGAGUAGAACAUUGGCAAAGGUCAAUGACUUCCUCUUGAAGGACAGGCAAGAAAGGCUUUAUCUUCAUCCCAGAAGUUUGGCAUGGGCUAUCGAUUUCUGCCACAAUGAAGGGGCAGACAAGUGGAGAGAUCAGGUGAAGGAGAUUGUCAUCAUAGGACAGAGUACGCCUGAUAUGCGAACGAGGGAUAUGGGGCCUGGACUGGGUGUUCAUGGUAUGUUGGAUUUCAAGUUGGAUUUUCAUGUAUGGGAUCAAUGGCCUCCAGAUCCCAAUGUGGUUAGUGAUGGCAAACGGGUAGUGCGACAGAGAGAUGUCGUUUAUCAGGACCUGAUUGAUUCGGAAUUCCACUCAUUCAGCGAGAACUAUGCCACGUUGCUGCGAGGACUGGCCAACUUACCGAUGGUAAACACGAUUCGAUACGCUGGCUCGACUCGCGAAUUUGGACCGGGGUUCUGCGGCGCGACGGAUGAGAGCGUGUACGGUAGGGCGAUGGAAAGACAGCAUUGGCAAGCGUGUUUUGGGAACGAAGGACAGCCGAAAAUGCAUUGGGCUCUGAGGACCGUCUGGUGGAGCGAUGCUCAUGUCUUUACCGGAAUCCUCUCUUCAAAGCUUCUGCAAGAGCGUGUGAGAACUGUGGAUAUUCGACAACCUUUCCCGGCUGUGAGAAGAUACAACCAGGGCGAUAUCACCGGUGCUCCGACUAUUACACAGGAAGCGCUCUACGUGCCGAAUCUGGGACCCUGCAUAAAGGAACUCAGCUUUGUUGUCCCCGGGGGCGACGGCUGGGUCGCGUGGCUGAUGCAUCUUGCGAAAAACAUGCGCGCAUUGGAAGAUUUACGGAUCCAAUUUGCAUCGAGCCUGGCCAAGAAUGCCCUGCGACCAGUGCACGGGCAUGAGACUCUGCCACGAGAAACUAUGUGGGAAGAAGACAGCACUCAGCAUCCACGACGAUUUUUAGUCCUCUUUGGGAAGGUUCUGGAUCGUAGUAAACCAAGACUACGGCGUGUCACUAUCCGACCGGUCACUAGUGCAAUUCUGUCGUGCGACCCGAAAGGUCUCUUCGCCCUACUAGAUGGCAGUAAAUCUUCUUUGCGGCAAAUCGUGAUCGAAAACAUCAUAUUUUUCCCUGAGACGAUAGUUUACCCUGCUGCUGAGGAUGUUCGAGACGGCCUGCGCCACGCCCUCAAGUUCUUGCGAGAUGAGGUGCAACUUGAUUCCAUGGUGUACAGGGUGAAUAUGUCCCAAAACUUGAUGCGCCGUGAGGAAAUGCCGCUUCCGGGGUUGGAUGCGUUUGCUGUUGAUCAUCCGGAUGGAAGCAAUGCUGAAGAUAGACUUGAUGUCGAAAUCAGAUCUGUGGUAGAAGAAUUAGCAGGCUGCAAGAUGAGGCGGGAUGGAUUGGUUCUUGAGAUUUCGCUGAUUAGGAGAUGA